AAAGGUAGCCUUGUCGAUCUAAAAUCGUUAGUGAUAUUUCGGUCUCCAUUCCUUUCGCCAAUAAGUCCAAUUGAGAAGUGCACUUUCGUCACUCUUGUACCCUUAUCCCAUAAAUCCGUCAGAGAAUGAGGGAAAUCGUGUCCAUUCAUGUGGGUCAGGCCGGUUGUCAGAUUGGCAACGCCUGUUGGGAGCUAUAUUGUCUGGAACACGGGAUCCAACCCGAUGGGCUCAUUCCCGAUGACGACGAUCCGGGCAUCAUGGAGGACUCCUUUAACACGUUCUUCGCGGAAACCGGUUCCGGCAAGCACGUUCCUAGGGCUGUUUUCGUGGACUUGGAACCCACGGUCAUCGACGAGAUUCGAACCGGUACCUACCGACAACUGUUCAGUCCCAGUCAGUUGCUAACGGGCAAGGAGGAUGCAGCCAAUAACUACGCCAGAGGUCACUAUACCAUAGGGAAGGAGUUUGUAGAUAUCACCAUGGACAAGAUUCGAAGACUCACAGAGCAAUGUCCCAGUCUUCAAGGGUUCCUUGUGUUCCACUCGUUUGGCGGUGGAACAGGCUCAGGGUUCACGUCUUUGGUCAUGGAGAAGCUCACAGAGAUGUACGGCAAGAAAAACUCAAAAAGGAAAAUAAAUUAUUUCCCUCUCUUCUUCCAGAUUGCAACGGCUGUUGUGGAGCCGUACAAUUCAUUACUGUUUACCCACACGUCUUUGGAUCAUAGUGACGUGUCGUUUCUCGUGGAUAACGAGGCCAUUUAUGACUUGUGCCACAAGAUGCUCGGAGUGGAACGUCCCACUUACACCAACCUGAACCGCCUCGUGGCCCAGAUCAUCUCGUCCAUCACCGCCUCUCUCCGCUUCGACGGCGCUCUCAACGUGGAUCUGACCGAGUUCCAGACCAACCUUGUACCCUAUCCCCGGAUCCAUUUCCCCUUGGCCACCUAUUGUCCCAUCAUAUCCCCGGUGAAGGCCCAACACGAGCGUCUCUCCGUGGACGAGAUGACCAAGACCUGCUUCGAGUCAGACCACCAGAUGGUCAAGUGUGACCCCAAAGACGGGAAGUACAUGGCCGUGUGCCUUUUGUACCGGGGAGACGUCGUCCCCAAGGACGUCAAUGCCAGCAUUGCUCAGAUCAAGGUUCAGAAGACGAUUCAGUUCGUGGAUUGGUGUCCGACAGGGUUCAAGGUGGGCAUCAAUUACCAGCCCCCUACGGUGGUGCCUGGUGGGGAUCUAGCCAAAGUGUCCCGAGCUGUUUGUUGUCUCUCCAAUACUACCGCGAUUCUGGCGGCUUGGCAACGGAUCGAUCACAAAUUCGAUCUGAUGUAUGCAAAGAGAGCGUUCGUUCAUUGGUAUGUGGGCGAGGGCAUGGAGGAGGGUGAGUUCUCUGAGGCUCGCGAGGAUCUCGCUGCUUUGGAAUUGGAUUACGAGGAGGUUGGGAAUGAUAAUAUGUCAGCUUCUGAGGACUAUGACGAUGAAGAAGAAUGAGGCUUCGUGGGAUUUGGUUGGGCUCUUACCGAACCUUGUUUCUCUUCUCCGCCGUCGAAGCUGAAAAACUCAAGUGAUCUUUUUUAACAAAAUACAAUUCGUGAACACUUUGCCACAAAUUCAUUUCGGGAGAGUCAUAUUUGAAAAUGAAAUAUGAAGAAGUGAGCCUAUCGAUUUGGAA